UAGAAAGGAACGAGAGAAAGGACAGAAGAGAAUACCUUGUUUUUUCACAAUUGAUUACGUUAGACUGUCUAGCAAUCAAAACUUGUCUAAAUUUUUUUGUCAACAGAAUGCCGUGCAUAUUAGAUGUCAGCUAUUUGUGAGAAAAAAUCGGGGCUCUUCGGGGUCGGGACCGGGGAGAAAUAAAAAAUAUUUUCGGGUUUCGGGGCUAAAAAGUUUGACCCCGCUGAUCUCUAGUAUAGACUAACAAUGAGCGCACAAUAACGCUAUGGUGGUCUUGGAUUGAUUUUGAUGUUUUCGGUCGGGAAGGCCAUUUUAAGAAAAUUGCUGAAAUGUUUUUGACGUACAGAAAUUCGAAUCUAUAGAAAGUUUGUUUCAAGUUUCGAGCUCGUUUUUGUCUUUCUAGAAAGGCUAAUGGGGUAUUCUUCUGGUUUCAAUGACCAAUAGAGUCUACAUAAUGUUCUAAUGAAAACCAUACAAAGAUUUCAAUUUCUAUUGAAAUUUGGUUAAACUAUUGAAUUUUGAUCUGAAAAUUUGUGCACAUAGAGAACUUCAAUACACUAGCUUUCUUUAAACAAUUCACAAGUUUUGAACAAAGUCUCGAUAAGAUAUGAAGCUUUCGAAAAAUGCAUGUUGUAUACGCUGUCCAUGAAAAGCGUCUACAUCUACAUUAUGUAGUCUUUACGCGAAAAAAAUCAUUCAAAUCGGAAUGAGACAUUUGUGACCGAAAAAGUCGAAACUGUAGUUCUGUCAUAUAUCCACCAUUAUUUUGUACGUGAAUGUCUUAGUGGCGCAUCGGUGAUUAUCGUCACCGUCGUAUGUCUAUGAUUGUUAGCAUUGUAUACAGGGAGGAAAGAGCCCAAUCUAAGUCUUCGCAACCGCUUCUUCCUCUUUGAUAAUAUCUGUAAGUUUUUCAAUGGCACAAAAGUCUAUGAAAAAACUUCUUCCAAAUACUAAUUUAUUUUAUUUAUUAUUCUCAAGUUCAUAGAAAACUGUUUUUUUUUCAAUGACUUAUAAAAUAUUGCUUGUUUAAGGUUUAUAAUCCGUUAUUAACAUAUCAAAGUGAACAUGAAGAAACCAAUGUUGUCGAUGGACGUCGAAGUGCAUCAUCUAAAACUUCUCAGAAAGACAUUGCACCAUCAGGACCAUCUACUGAAGAAACUGAAGAAGAAAAACGAAAUGAAAAACGUCGUCAACAUGAACUUGAACUACGAGCUAUGUUACGUGAUGAAUUUUUAAUUCAAUUACAAAAAUUUCUUAAUCAAAUUGGUUUAACUCUCCGUCAACUCGAAGGUGAAGUACGUCUUGAAUUACCACCACAAUUCGAUAUUAGUAAAAUUGUUAAAAUAAAUAAAGAUGCUGUUGAACAAGCUGAAACUCUUGUAUAUAAAUGGAAUGGAGAAAUUCGUGAAGCACUUGAACGUGAAUUAAAAAAAAUACCACAAACAUCUGGACCGUUAGGUGAAAUUGAUUGGUGGCGUGAACGUAAUAUUUCCUUAAGUAGUUUAUAUGAACAAACAAAACAAGAACAUGUUGAACAAGUACUUGAAAAACUUGAAUUAGCAGAGAACGCAGCACCAUCAUCAUUUCGUGAUACUCGAACUGAUUUAUCAAAAUAUUAUUUAGAAGCUAAAGAUAACGUCAAAUUUUUAUCAACACUUGAACGUCAUUUUAAAAAUGUAACACAUGGUGCAACAUGUCGUGUUGUUACUGAAACCAUACCGAAAAUGAUGAGUGCCUUACGUAUGGUUUGGAUUAUAUCACGACACUAUAAUCGUGAUGAACGUAUGGUACCAUUAAUGGAACGUAUUGCUAAUCAAUUAUGUGAACGUGUUGUACGUAGUAUUAAUGUUCGAACAUUAUUUAGUUAUCAACCAAGUGAAAUUAUUGAAAAAUGUACAGAAGCUAAAGAUAUGUUAGAACGUUGGAAACAAUCUUAUUAUGAUGUUCGAGCUGAAAUUGAACAGUCUGGACGUGAUUCACGAUGGGAAUUUGAUAAUAAACGUCUAUUUAAAUUAACUGAUCAUAUGGCAAUUAUUUGUAAUGAUUUUAUUGCAAUUGCAAAAGAACUCGAACAAUUUUAUAAUAUAUUUACACCUGAAUUGAAAUCUGUUACGGGAAAACCACAUAAAAUAAAUGAAAUUCUUGAUCGUGUACAUAAAGUUUUAGAAUUAAUUGAACAUGCUCCUUGUGAUCCAUUUCGUCUUGAAGAUCUUGAUAAAUGGAAAAUGGUAUCAGCUAAUUAUGGACAACAAAUUGAAGACAUUGAUGAACAAACAAAAAGUUUUAUUUCAGAAUCAUUUAAAAGUUUACGUUCGGCUGAAAGUGCCUUUGAUAUGUUAUUAAAAUUUGAAAAAAAUAAUACUCGUAUGACUAUACAAGAUGAAAUGCACAAACGAUUUAAUGAUAUUUUACGACAAUAUGAUAAUGAAAUCACAGAAAUUAAUAGUAUAUUUCAACAUAAUAAAACAAAUCCACCUGUUAAUAAAAAUCAGCCACCUUAUUCUGGUGCUGUUGCUUGGAGUCGUUCAUUAUUUCGUCGUAUUAAACAUACAAUGUUACGUUUACAUACAAAAGAAGCUUUAAUGCAAACAGAACUUGGCAAACAAAUUAAAAGUUAUUAUCUUCGUGUAGCAAGAGAAAUGAAAGCAUAUGAAGAUGGAAAAUUUAAUGAAUGGAAACAACGUACGGAACAAAUUUUACCAACAUUACAAAAACGCAAUGUUCUUAAAGAAUUACCAACUGGAGAUAAUGAAAAUUCUCUUACACCUCGUUAUACAAUCGAUUUUGAUCCACAACUUAAUGAAAUGAUGACUGAAGCAAGAUAUCUUGAACAAUUUGAUUAUUUCUUACCAGAAAAUAUUCGACAUUUAGCAUUAAGUGUAAUUCUACUCAAUUCUUUAUUAUUUGUCAUUCAUAAUUCAUAA